CACAAAAGAGUUGCAGAUAAAAUAGAUGAAGCAGAAAGAAGUAACAAGAUGAGACCUUUUACAUAGUUACGUUUCAUGGCUGCCAUUAUCAAACCUUUGUUUCCGCAUUUCCCUUCUCCAAAACAAACUACAAUCUCUACCUCUCCAAUUCCAUGGAUUUCUUGCAAACCUUUCUCAGAUUCAAUGGCCAAUUUGUCAGUUUCACGCUUCUUGGGUAGACAGCAAGGACAAGUUGCAGUCUCUGUUGCUUUCGAUCCUUCAAGAAAUUUUGACCUUUCGAUUUUUGAUGAUGAAGAUGAUUCAAGUAAAGUUGCACCUCCAAUGCCUCCAACUGAGGGUAGAUUUGAUGUUGCUAUUGACGAUGAUAUCAUCCACCGUCUUGAUUUAUCUCCGUUUCAAACUGCUACAGGAAUUACUUGCCCUUUGUCAGUUGAGCCUAAAGAGUUUUUAGAAAGAACAAUUGGAUUUAGUAUUAAUUACACAAGAGAAGAUCCUCUUGAUCCUCGAGAACUAUCAGAAUUUCCUGAUAUAAGACUCUGGUUUGUAAGACUUGAUGCUACUUAUCCAUGGCUACCUGUGUUGUUGGAUUGGAGAGCUGGAGAGCUUGCUCGUUAUGCAGCCAUGUUAGUCCCUCAUCAGAUGAACAUGAAAAUGGGAGUUGUUUUUAAUCCAGAAGCACUGGAAUUGUUUAUUAUGAAUAAAGUGUUCAUUGUGUAUUCUUGGUUGAAGCAGCAUAAUGUUCCAAAGCCUAGACUGAAAACAAGUGAUAUGGCUAGGAUGCUUGGAUUUGGAGUAGGAGAUGAACUUUUUGACUUGAUUGAUCAAACCCCACCUUCUUCUUCAUAAAAGAAACGAAAAAUUGCAACCAGAAGUAUAUAUUCUUUGUACUUUUAGCAGCAAAAUUAUGUAAAAAUUUUUUUGCAGUGAAUUAUCAACAACACUAAUAAAUUAUGCAAUUGAGACACAACUAUUGAUCA